CGAGCACUCUGCUAUCUGUAGUUCACCCCUGAGCUCUGAACGUUGACACAAUGUCAGAUAAAAUGGAGGUUAACCUAUCCGGAGUCAAACAAAGUAAAGGCGUGUGGCUUGUAAAGGUUCCCAAGUAUUUAUCUCAGCAAUGGGACAAGGCCACAGAAAGGGGAGAAGUUGGAAAGAUUACAAUUGGAAAAAAGCAAGACAAAACAGAGGUAUGUUUCAGCCUGAAUGCGGAGCUGAGUGCCUUGGGUGCUGUGGGGGAGAAAGAUGGAACACUGCAGGUCCCAAGGGAUCAUCCCUUCACUAUGCACACAGUGGGUGGACAGACCAUGGCUGUCUUCAGCCAGAGCGACACAGAUGAAAUCAGUCUGGAGGGGAUGGUGGUGCACAGAGCUGAAUGCAGACCGGUCGUCAACGACAGCUACAUGAAGCUGAAGAAGCUGCAGAUUGAAGAGUCCACCAAGCCUCAGCGUUUCUCACAGCAGCUAGAAAGAGCCAUCACCACUGUCUUCAAGCCUGUGGCCAACCACGAUUUCAAUGUGGAGUAUGAGAAGAAGAAGAAGUCGGAGGGGAAGAUGGUGAGGGCUGAGCGGCAGGUCGUGCUGGACAUGCUUUUCUCUGCCUUUGAGAAGCACCAGUAUUACAACAUUAAGGACCUCGUGGACAUCACCAGACAACCUGUGACCUACCUGAAAGAAAUCAUGAGGGAAAUUGGGACGUACAACAGCAAGGGAGCUCACAAAAGCACCUGGGAACUGAAGCCAGAGUACCGACACUACCAGUCUGCUGAGGAAGAGGAGGAGAUGCAGACCGCCUAGCGCCAGCAAGGGCCUGUGAGCCCGUUCACUGUUGUCUGUCUCAUCGUAUGAGAAAAAGCAGAUACCACCUGCCAGGAAUUCUGUUUUUUCAGGGAAAUACUUUAUCAGCCAUGCUGGUAGUUAUCUGUGUUUUUUCAAAGUUGGGGAAUGAAUAUCCUAUGGUUGUCUGGAAGCAGGCGGGGAAAAAAAACAUUUAAAAAAGUCUAAAAUGUCGAAGACAAAAGCACUGGUUUUCUCCUUUAAGUUAUGAGCACACUAUGAAUGUUUAGUUUCUUUGUAUCUGUCUUUCUAAACGGGCAGUACGAUGAUUGUAGAGUUGUGUUUUGCUUGUUUUAAUUUGCAUGGUGAAACAGUAACUCGACUAAAGUCUGCCCAUCUUGAAUUUUACAUGUUUUACUUUCUGAAUAAAUCUUGCUGAGUCUUGAUAACCAACGGUCAAAUCUUUUGGUAGAAUGGCUUUUAUCACAGUAGACAUUUGAAGUGUCAAAGUAGAAAAAUCACAAGUGGAUCUAAUGACCGUAACAAUGUCUCAGUCCCAGUAACUACUGCAACACAUUGCAGCAGUUAAUUAUGUUACUAUAGUUACACUUGUGUUUGAAGAGUAAAAAUUCCUCUGUUUAUCUUGUGCACCUCCCAGUUUGGCCUCUACACAUUUAGAAAAUAAAGAACAAUAAACAUCAUGUUUGUUGUAUCAUAGUUUGGAGCAGGAGCUGCAGCACUGAAUCUGAGAGAAAGAAAGAAAGAAAAACAAAAUGGCUGCAAACUCUUUUCCACUCAUGGUGCACCUUUCUAGUAGUGUUACUAUGACAACUGUGGACAGCAUUUAACUAUAUGUACAAUAAACCACACAGGGCAGAAACCUGCUGCUGCGCCGUGUG